CUGAAGGCUAAAGCAAACCGUGUCCACAGCUGAUUGCACCAUCUGUCUGGACUAUCCUAUCCGAAGAAAUUUGCCUCUCAUCAGCUGAUGGACAAUCAAGGAUCAACAGAGGAUGGAAAAGACAAGGCAUCUAUCGAGGGUUCACUCCCGGAGCUUAGAUUUGUUGAAGAGAUCAAAGAAAGCAUCCAUACUGACUCUAAACCAGAGAAAAUCAUUCCCCUAGAUGAGUGUACACAGCACCCUACAAUGCAAGCGGACCAGGCUAGCAUGGAUGGCUUGGGGCAGCUUUUCGAGCACUGCAUCCGGCAAGUGUCCUGUCUCGGUAAGCGGAGGGACGAGCUCAUACAAGAGCUCCUCCGUCUGCAGGAGCCUAUGCUGCGAGUUGUUGAGCACCUGAGAGGGAAGCUUGUGGAGACACAGCGACUGCUCACUCUGGCUCAGCUGGAUUACAUGGCUGUUUAUGAGGAAGUGCAGAAGGUGAAGAAGAAACUGCUUGCCACAGCCAGAGACUGCAUCCAGAGCCAGGUGACGCUGGCGGCAGAUGAGUAUGAGGUGGCUCAGUCUGCUGUCACGCAGGAGGAGCUCAAGGCCCACAUCCAAAAUCUGACCCAGGAGUUGUCCCAGCUCUGGGAGGCCCACCAGAACCAACUCGAUUACUUGAGGGAUCAGGCCACUAAACCCCACAGGCCUAGGGCCAUGAGUGAUGUCAGCCAGUGCCGCCAGGCAUCUGUCAGAUUGCAGAGGCGGCUCAGUGGCAGUGUGAAGGCGCUGGAGGGCUGGUAUGAGCCUCGGCUCAUGGCCCUGCUGAAGAGGAGGCAGACGGGGGAGGAUGCCUUGAGGAAGAGCAGGGAGCAAGCAAUGGACCUGAGGGCCAGCCUGGGGCCCCUGAGAGAGGACAUACAGAAACUGGAGGUGCAGAGAUCUUGUCUGGAGCAGAGGAUCACUCUGAUGGAGAGAGACAGGGACGAGAGCAUCACACAACACAAGGACACUAUCGAAAAAUUAAGAGAGACUCUGAGAGAACUCAAAAUGGAGUUUGAAGUUCAAAAAAAAUCUAAACGCAAUUUGGAGGUUCUUAAGGAAGGCCUUUUGACAGAGCUGACAUUUCUGAGAGGCUGUGAUGAGCCUGGUGAAACUACUGCAGAAGAGGACCUUUAAUUUUCUGUUUCCAGUGGAUAUUCUUAAACAAGAAAUAUACAUUACCAGCAAGAUAUAAAGUGAUAUAUGGCUUCUACAGAGUAAAUGACUAAAAUAAUAUUUUACAAGAAAUUACUUCUAUGUAAGUCUGAUACGCUGUACCAAGAAACAAAGCACA